UGCAAAUAGGAACACUAGGCGAAAACUACUGCCUGUUGGUGGACACGCGACAAAUCUCAGUUUUCUCUUUUGGUUUUUUUCACCGCUUUACAUUUUUUCGUCCUAUCAUUUUUCAGCUGUCUUCCUGUUUUUCCCUCUUGGUGCCUUCGGGUCUCUGAUCAACCUUCAAUCUCAUUCUCAAGUUCUGCUGAUUUUGCGGGAAUAUUAACUGAAAUGGCUGGAGGAUUGAUCCAUCAGUUUUUAAGAAGGAAACUUCAGUCUCAAUCUGCUGUUCCAGCUUUAUCAUGGUUUGCAUCAAGGAAAUUUAAUGAGGAUUCAGGAUCUGCUGGUUUGAGGACAGUUGCACUCCUUGGAGCUGGUAUUUCAGGUUUUCUAGGUUUUGCAACAAUAGCUUCUGCUGAUGAGGCUGAACAUGGUUUAGAAUUUCCCAAUUAUCCUUGGCCUCACAGGGGCAUCCUCAGUUCAUAUGACCAUGCUUCGAUUCGUCGUGGUCACCAGGUUUACCAGCAAGUGUGUGCAUCCUGCCACUCUAUGUCUCUAAUAUCAUACCGUGAUUUGGUGGGUGUUGCAUAUACAGAAGAGGAGACAAAGGCUAUGGCAGCUGAGAUUGAGGUUGUUGAUGGUCCUAAUGAUGAGGGUGAGAUGUUUACUCGUCCUGGUAAACUCAGUGACCGUUUUCCUCAGCCAUAUGCAAAUGAACAAGCAGCUAGGUUUGCUAAUGGAGGAGCUUAUCCUCCAGAUCUAAGUCUCAUCACCAAAGCUCGUCAUAAUGGCCAGAAUUAUGUGUUUUCCCUUCUAACUGGUUACCGUGAUCCUCCUGCUGGUAUUGCGAUUCGAGAGGGAUUACAUUAUAACCCUUACUUUCCCGGGGGAGCAAUUGCCAUGCCUAAAAUGCUUAUUGAUGGUGCUGUGGAGUAUGAAGAUGGCACCCCUGCAACUGAAGCUCAGAUGGGGAAAGAUGUGGUGACAUUUUUGUCAUGGGCAGCAGAACCAGAAAUGGAAGAAAGGAAGCUGAUGGGUUUUAAAUGGAUAUUUGUAUUGUCAUUGGCAUUACUUCAAGCUGGUUACUACCGGCGCUUGAAGUGGUCUGUUUUCAAAUCUCGCAGGCUGGUCGUUGAUGUUGUCAACUAGCGUUCCUGCUGUUUCUCUCAUGCUAAUGCGCUUUUUGAGGAAUUUGAUGCGGCAAUAAUUACUUAUUGGGAUGGUCUAGGAACCGCUGUGACCAAUUGAUGGUUCUUUUCUCAAAUGGUAAUGGAGUAACCUGAUUAAUCUUUUUUUUUUUUUUCAAGUUGAGAAGUAAUAAGUUACUUCCCAUUAAUUUUUGCUUGGAGACUUGAAGUUUUGUUAGAUCUCUUUUUCAAUGCUAUUUCUUAUGGUUGGAAACUUGAUCACUGUUCUUAGUGCCAACUAAAGUUUGUCAUUCAUAUCUGUGAAUGGAAUCAGUUAAAUGAAAACGGUCCAUUCUUAUUUGAAAUAUUUCUUUUGGUGAAACAGUGAAUCAUUCGUUGGUAAUUGGUUGAAGGUUAGGAUUUAUGCAAAUCAAGCAUUGCAAAGUGCUUUCUUUUUCUUUUGUUCUGGCUAUGGAGCAGGGGAGAUGGUGUUCUUUUAUUUUUAUCUCAUACCUCAUCUCAAACCUUUAAAAUAAUAAUAAUAAUAAUAAUAAAUCUCCUCUCUAGAGGUGU